AUGUCUACAUCCAAACCAAUCGUGCUUCACAUCGGUGACCCAAUAGCCUGGAACCAUGUACAAUACGAGACGUUCUCGUCUAAAUUUACUGUGAUCCGACCUAGUACCGAGGAACGACAGCGCCCUGCGUUUAUUCAGGCGCUGCGUGAGAAGCGGUGGGGGGAGUUCAGUGCGAUUUUUAGGCCGUUUUGGAAUACGGGAGGGGAGAUGGGGAUGUGGGAUGAGGAGUUGAUUAAGGAGGUUCCGGAGAGUUGUAGGGUGUUUGCGAGUGCUGGGGCGGGGUUUGACUGGGCUGAUGUUAAGAUUUUGGGGGAGAGAGGUAUAAUAUAUUGUAACAGCGCAGCAGCCUCCUCCGAAUCCGUAGCCGACUUCGCAAUCUUCCUCAUCCUCGCCACAUUCCGCAACCUCCAAUGGUGCACAACCGCCUCCCUCACCCCCUCAACAUUCACAGACUGUCACACCAACGCCGCCAUCCUAUCUCACAACCCACGCGGUCACACGCUUGGCAUCAUAGGCCUAGGAAACAUCGGCCACCUCCUCGCGCAAAAAGCGUUCUCAGCUUUCGGAAUGACCAUCCACUAUCACGACAUAAUCCGCAAACCCACUCUCGAAGGCCCCCUCGACGCCACCUACCACGCAGAUCUCAACGCCAUGCUUGCCCUCUCCGACUGCGUCGUGCUCGCCACGCCCGCCAGCCCCGAUGGACGACAAUUGAUCGAUGGGGAGAGGAUCAAGCAUUUUAAGAUUGGAAGCCGUUUCAUAAACAUAGCCCGCGGCUCCCUCGUCUCCUCCACCGCCCUCGCCGACGCUCUGGACGCCGGAAUCCUAAUCGGAUGCGGUCUCGACGUGCACGAACACGAGCCAGCCAUCGAUCCACGAUUAAUCGGGCGGAGAAACGUGACGUUGACGGCGCAUAACGCGGGUGGGACUUUAGAUACACACAUCGGCUUCGAAUCCCUCAGCAUGAAAAACAUCACCGCGGUAUUAACCGGCCAAGCGCCUUUGACGCCUGUGAAUCUGCAUUUCCUUCCGUCGGCUUUGAAAGAGAAAGCGAGUUUGUAA